GCAUAAUUCGUUAGUGUAUUUAGAUUUAUCCUUUGUUGACACAAUUUAUUUCUGUACUGUUUGUAACAAUUUUGACUUUCUUUAUAGAAAGUUUCAUAAAUCGCACGGACAAAAAAUUUGUUAAUGUUUAGAAUUGAUAAUUUCAUAAUUAAUUGAACGAAAAUGAUGAAAGCUUCAAGUGUCUUCCUAAUCAUCAUUCCGAUCCUGGCUUGCCUCGUUGCUUUUUUUGCUUCUGGAAGCCACGGAAUACAAUGCUUUGUUUGUAUGUCAGGGGACAAAUAUAAUGGGGAGAAAUGUGAAAAUUUAAAACCAACGGACAGGGAUUUUAUAGUAAAUUGCAGCACUUUGCCCCCAAGAAAUAAUUAUCCAUGGGAAAGAUGUCGUGUAAUGGUUCAUGAUGUCGAAGGUGAAACCAGGACAGUGCGUUCCUGUGCAACAUGGCCGGAUAAAAGCAGAGAGAACAGAUGUGUUGAUAGGACAGGCACAGCAAGAAUCAAAGUGAGAUUGUGUGAGUGCGACACAGACUUUUGCAAUCACAUGUCUAUGGCUAAAGCAUCGAUCUUUCUUAUUGUCUCCACUCUUGUCAUCAGCUUAAUUAAAUUUUAAAUCAUGGUGGGUAUGAGAAGGCACAUGAGUUUUGUAUCAGAGUACUGGAUUAUUGUAGCACUAUUUGUGUAUAGAUCAAUUCUCACAAUAUGAAUUAUUAAUUGGUCCAUGGAUAUUAUAUCUAAACUGUGGUUAUUAACUUUAUAGACACAAAGUAUUUAUAUAUCUUACAUGUGCAUAUAAUUAUGCUUAAUAUAGUUUAAUUUAUCUACUUUUUUUUUACUUUUUUUUAUGUGAUUGAUGAUGUUUGGAUUAAUAAUAUUUAUGUUUAUUAAUGAUCAUAAACAAAAAGAAAACAGAAUAAAAAUGCUAGGUUAUUUACAUAAUGUUAAUACAUAAAUUAGUGUUGUGCAUGCAAUUUUGUAUUCAAGUUCAAGUUUUUUUUAACAAUUUGCAAAAAUUUUUAUUAGUUUUACAUACAUUGAUCAUGUUCUUGUGUGUUACUUUGCGCUUAUGUUUCUGUUUUUCAAAUAUUUUAACUUUUUGUAACAUAAACUUGAAUAUUACUAACGUGAUUACGUUUUGAAGUUGGAUUUUAAUGAUGGUAACGAUGAUAAUAAUAGUUCAUUGC